CCCAGAACCCUCGCUCAACUUCAGAGUGCGCCUGCGCCAUGCCGUGGUUGCCAGGAGACCGCCGAGCCGCGGUUCCUGCCCCUGGGUUGAGGCUUUAACAUGGCCAAAUUCGUGCUUGCGGGUAGAGCAGAUUGCCCAUAUUAUGCUAAAGCAGAACUCCUAGCAGACUACUUACAAAAGAAUCUUCCUGAUUUUCGGGUACAUAAAAUUACACAACAUCCUCAUGUUUGGGAGGAGUGGUUAAAAGACCUGUGUGAGAAAAAUACGUGGAGUCACAAAAAGUCCCCCAUCAUAUGGAGAGAGCUGUUGGAUCGUGGAGGAAAGGGCUUGCUUUUGGGAGGAUAUAACGAGUUCCUGGAAUACGCCCAGCUUUACUAUGGUGUCACCUCUAGCAUGACUACUGAGCUGAUGAAGAUAAUUGCUCAAGAGAACCUGGAAACACAUAUAGAAAAAGAACUGGAGGAAGAAAUCAGGAAAGAUCUCAUCCACCCUUUGCAGGUCUGGAUCACCAGCGCAUCUGUCCCUGCCUGCUACAACCUAAUUCCCAUCUUGACAAGUGGUGAAGUGUUUGGAAUGCACACGGAAAUUAGCCUGAAUCUAUUUGACAAUAAGCAGGCAGAAGAAAAUCUCCACGUUAUCGUGACUGAAACUCAGGACCUGGUGGCCCCCUUGCUCCGGAGCAUCUCCAUCUGCACCCGAGUGGAGGACGCCUUCCUCCAGGCCCACGUGAUCAUCAUCCUGGACGAGAACACUGACCAGGAGGUGUACACUCUAGAAGACUGCAUCCGAAGCAGGCUUCCUUUGUGUAGGCUCUAUGGAUACCUGAUCGAGAAAAAUGCUCACGAUUCUGUCAGAGUUAUUGUGGGAGGAAAAACGUUUGUGAAUCUUAAAACCGUUUUGCUUAUGAGAUAUGCCCCAAACGUGGCCCACAACAUCAUUGCUGUGGCUCUGGGCGUGGAAGGCCAAGCUAGAGCUGCACUGGCCAGAAAACUGAGAACAACCUCCUCAUGUAUCAAAAAUGUGAUAGUUUGGGGUAAUAUUAGUGGAAAUAACUACAUUGAUCUGAGAAAAGCCAAGGUUUACAGAUAUGAGAGUGCUAUUUGGGGACCUCCUAACUACUCACGUCCUGUUUUGAGCUUGAUUUUUGAUAGUGACUGGGUAAACAGGCAAUAUGUGGAAACUCUUAAAAAGCUGACGGCCACAGGAAAACAAUUUGGAGCGAUCUUAUCUGCACACAGUAUAGCCACUACAUUGAAAUACUGGUACCAUGGCUCACCACCUGGGGAGAUCGUGUCUUUAGGAGUGCUAAGUGAAGGCCAGUUUGGUAUUCCUGAAGGGAUCGUCUUUUCUAUGCCUGUAAAAUUUGAGAAUGGAACUUGGGUAGUUCUUACAGAUCUCAAAGAUAUUGAAAUCAGUGAACAAAUAAUGACCAGAAUGACAAGUGAUCUCAUUCAGGAGAAACUUGUGGCACUUGGAGAUUUGAUCAAUUUUCAGCCCUAUCAAUCAGAGACUGACAUAGCCAAAAGCGAUGAAAAGACCACCUUACCUACCACAUACAACAACCAGGAAAAUCAAAGAGUCUCAGAUGCAGUGGAUCUUUUAGAUCUGAUUCCUCAACCCAACUCUGAAAAGCCAUACAGUCAAGAAGCCAGAAAUGAUUCUGAAGACAAAAGGGUGGAAGAGCAACAGAUAAAUUAGACCAACUAUAAAGAUAUUUGGUGGUGUAAUAAAUACGGAAAGACCCAUGAAUGCCUGUAUUUAGGGAAGAAUAGUUUGCAAGAUUGACUUCCAUCUUAGAUAAUGUUAUGCUAGACAAUAAUGUGACUGCACACACACAAAAAGAUUGAGUUCAAUCAUUUUGUGUUACCUGAAUCCCCUCAUAGGUUUGCUUUUUGUCCUAUUUUCUCAUAUAGUUUGGUGUCAAUUGCUGUUUUUUUAAACUACAUUAAAAUACAAUGGUCAGUCAUUGCAUCCUUGCCUGUGCAUGCUUCUAAGAGAGCCUGCUUCCCCCCACAGGCCAUACCUAAGGCAUGGACAUGAGUGGCCAUGUUUGCUCGGCUGUUCUUACCACCUUGGCUUCAACUGAUUGGACUAGAAUAAAUACACCUUACUCAAGGGGAACCAAUAGAUUUUCUCUCACAGUGUCAAAAACUUGCACUGAGAAAAAUGGCUGAGUAAGUUGGUGUCUGGAUCAUGGUAAAGGGAGUGACUUAGAGAGAGCCGCACAGUUCUGCUGUGGGGUCUUCAG